CGCAAAGUUCACUUCACAACUCUUCGACAACCUCCCCCUCACACCAACACCCAUCAUGUCUUACGGCGGUGGUGGUUACGGCGGCUCGCGCGGCGGCGGCGGCGGCGGUGGUGGCUACGGCGGUGGCAGCCAAGGCGGCUACUCUGGCGGUGGCAGAUCCGGCGGUUACGGCGGUGGCAGCUCCGGUGGCUACUCUGGCGGUGGUCAGGGUGGCUACGGUGGUGGCCAAGGUGGCUACGGCGGCGGCCAGGGCGGCUUCGGUCAGAGCGGCGACAGAAUGGGCCAACUCGGCUCCGGCCUCAAGAGCCAGGAGUGGGACAUGACUACCCUGCCCAAGUUCGAGAAGUCCUUCUACAAGGAGGCACCCACGGUUGCCGAGCGCUCUCAGGCCGAUGUCGACGAGUUCCGCAAGACUCACCAGAUCGCCGUCCAGGGAAAGAACGUCCCCAAGCCCGUCGAGACCUUCGACGAGGCUGGUUUCCCCGGCUACGUUAUCAACGAGGUCAAGGCCCAGGGCUUUGAAAGACCUACCCCCAUCCAGUGCCAAGGUUGGCCCAUGGCUCUCUCUGGUCGCGAUGUCACUGGUAUUGCCGAGACUGGUUCCGGAAAGACCCUCACCUACUGCCUCCCCUCCAUCGUCCACAUCAACGCCCAGCCUCUCCUCUCGCCCGGAGACGGCCCUAUCGUCCUCAUCCUCGCCCCCACCCGUGAGCUCGCCGUCCAGAUCCAGGCUGAAGUUAACAAGUUCGGCAAAUCGUCGCGCAUCCGCAACACCUGUGUCUACGGUGGUGUCCCCAAGGGUCAACAAAUCAGAGACCUCGCUCGCGGUGUUGAGGUGUGUAUUGCCACCCCUGGCCGUCUGAUCGAUAUGCUCGAGUCUGGAAAGACCAACCUUCGCCGCGUCACCUACCUCGUUCUCGAUGAGGCCGAUCGCAUGCUCGACAUGGGUUUCGAGCCCCAGAUCCGCAAGAUUAUCGGCCAGAUCCGCCCCGACCGUCAGACUUGCAUGUGGUCCGCCACUUGGCCCAAGGAGGUCCGCGCCCUCGCCCAGGACUUCCAGCACGACUUCAUCCAGGUCAACGUUGGUUCCAUGGACCUUUCCGCCAACCACCGCAUUACUCAGGUCGUAGAGGUCGUUGCCGAGUUCGAGAAGCGCGACAAGAUGAUCAAGCACCUCGAGAAGAUCAUGGAGGACAAGGACAACAAGUGCCUCAUCUUCACUGGCACCAAGCGUGUCGCCGACGAGAUCACCCGCUUCCUCAGACAGGACGGCUGGCCAGCACUCUCCAUCCACGGAGACAAGCAACAACAAGAGCGUGACUGGGUUCUCAACGAAUUCAAGCAGGGCAAGAGCCCCAUCAUGGUUGCCACCGAUGUGGCUUCGCGUGGUAUUGAUGUACGCAACAUUACCCACGUUCUCAACUACGACUACCCCAACAACUCCGAGGACUACAUUCACAGAAUCGGCCGUACCGGUCGUGCUGGUGCCCUCGGUACUGCCAUCACCUUCUUCACCACCGAGAACUCCAAGCAGGCUCGCGACCUUGUUAACGUCUUGGCCGAAGCCAAGCAGAACAUUGACCCCCGUCUCGCUGAGAUGGUCCGCUACGGUGGUGGCGGCGGUGGCCACGGUCGCUGGGGCGGUGGUCGUGGACGUGGUGGCGGUGGCCGCGGUCGUGGCGGUGGUCACGGCGGUGGUUUCACCAGCUCCAACAACGCUCCCCUUGGUCGUGACUCUCGCUGGUAGACGGUAGAUGAUACCCCUUUUUGUGUUUUUCCUCUGUUUUUAUGCCCCAAUCCUCCGGUAUUUCACACCGAUGGCGUUUCUCUAAUGGUUCCCUGGUAUGGAUUCCAACCCCAAAAGAAAGAAUUGUGCUAUUAGUUUUCCUCCGCAUGCUAAUUAUGGCGGACAUGGAGUUUUCAUGAUGAGACCGGGACAGUUCUCAGAUAUUAGGGAUUAGAUU